AUGCCGAAGCGAAAGGCUGAAGGCCCCGCCGUCGCCAACGGCAAGUCCAAGAAACGCGCCCUCUCCGACGAAGAGGCGCGCUCCAACUUCCGCAAAGGUCUUUUUGACACCAAGGUGCUUGAGGAUUAUCAGAAGCAAUAUGCGGAGUCGCAACCAUACAAGCACGCCGUGAUCCAGAACCUCGUCGACACCAAGCUGCUCCGCAACGUCCGCGACGAGAUCCGCCAGCACAUCUCCUUCACGCCCAAGGAGACGGAUAUCUACAAGAUUCACCAGUCAGGCGAUCUGGCCAACCUGGACGGGCUGGACGACUCAUCGUUGGCCAAGCUCCCCUCGCUGCUCCAGCUGCGCGACGCCCUCUACUCGUCCGCCUUCCGCAAGUACAUCGCGGCCAUUGCAGGCUCGGGCCCGCUGAGUGGCGUGAAGACGGACCUGGCGAUCAACGUGUACACGCCGGGCUGCCAUCUGCUGUGCCACGACGACGUCAUCGGUAGCCGGCGCGUCAGUUACAUCCUGUACUUGCUUGACCCGGACCGGGAGUGGAAGCCCGAGUGGGGCGGCGCGCUGCGCCUGUUCCCAACCGAGGACCUGCGGACGGACGGGGGCGCCGAGGUCAAGGUGCCGCUGCCGGACCACACCGUCGUGAUUCCGCCCGCCUUCAACCAACUGUCAUUCUUUACUGUCCAGCCUGGCGAGAGCUUCCAUGACGUUGAGGAGGUGUACAAGCGCGCGGAGGGCGACAACGAGGAGGAUGGUGGCCGUGUUCGCAUGGCUGUGAGUGGCUGGUUCCAUAUACCGCAAAAGGGUGAAGAUGGUUACGAGGAGGGGUUGGAGGAGAAGCUGGCCGAGCGGAGUUCGCUGCAGCAGCUGGAGAGUGGUGCCAAGGCGGCGCAAUUCGACCAGCCCCAGCAGCAGUGGUUCGAAUAUCCGGCCGAUGAAAAGGAGGAGAAGGAGGAGAAGGGCAAGAGCAAGGCGGAAGCAGAGGACGACGAGGACGAAGAGCAAGCACCUCUCACCGAGCAGGAGUUCGAGUUCCUUCUCAAGUUCAUGACACCCACAUAUCUGGCACCGGACACGGUUGAGGACCUCAACACUAUGUUCGCCGAUGAGUCGUCACUCCGUCUCGCCAAUUUCCUGUCCAAGUCCUUCUCCAAGCGUCUGCGCACCUUCCUCGAGGAGCAGGACCGUAAGACGCCAGCCACUAUGCCCGCCCCGGCAUCGCGCACGCACAACACCGGCGUCGCCCGCCCGCCACACAAGCAUCGCUUCCUAUUCAGAUACCCCACGCGCGAUGCUGGCGACAACAAGGACGAAGAGCUUUCGCCGUAUGACGAGCUCCUCGACGUCUUCUUCCCUAGUGUCGCCUUCAAGAAGUGGCUCGCUCUCGCCACAGGCCUGACGCUGACGAAGGCAAGCAUGCUAGCACGCCGCUUCCGCCGCGGUAUGGACUACACGCUUGCGACGUCGUAUGAUGACGAGCAGCCGCAGCUGGAGGUCACUCUGGGCAUCACCCCUAGCAAGGGAUGGGGUGAUGAUGAUGAGGAGGGAGCCGACGGCGCCGACGAAGAGGACCAAGACGGGGAGAAGAAGAAGAAGAAGCAGAAGAAGGAGAACGGCGAGAAGAACGGCGCCGCGAAGAAGAGUAGCAAGGAGCAGCCCGAAGAUCCCGCUCCCGCGGACGACGACACGCCCGGCGGCUACGAGAUGUACAUGGCUGCGGAUGACGACGACGACGAUGACGCUGGCUCGGACGACGGCGUCGAGGUGCCUGCCGGCUCGAAGAACAAGUCUGGCGAGGCCUCCGCCAUGACGGGCGCGGGCAAGCGCCGCAAGGCCGACCCCGCCGUGUACCGCGCCAGCGCAGGCGAUGAUGACGACGGAGUGCUGUUCAGCAUGCCCGCCGGCUGGAACUGCAUGAGCGUUGUGCUGCGCGACACGGGCGUGCUGCGCUUCGUCAAGUACGUGAGCGAGUCUGCAAAGGGUGAUCGGUGGGAUGUCUGCGCCGAUUUCGGCGUUGAGUUCGAUGAGGAUGACGAAGAGGAUGGUGAUGAGAUGGAGGAGUAA